AUGCCAACCGCCGUACACCGCUUCAGGGAGAGUCAUGGCCUGUCAACGUGGACGCAGAGGACUGUUUUGUCCCUCCUCACCUGGGCAAUCAUCUUCGUCCUUGGCGUUCUGUCUUUCCUUCAGGUGCUCAGGCUAAGCAGCAACAUACGAUCGCAAUUAUCAAAGCACGAGUGGACCUAUGUAGACGAUGACUUCCCAGAGUACCUCCCGCUCGACCUAGGUCCUGCUCGAUGGACAAUGCAAGAUACAGUCCACUACGGCAUAAACGGCUCCGACGCCGACGAAGAGUGGGAAUCCUCCUUCCCCCGCGGCGAGGGCUUCAUCUACCUCGGCCCAGACAAACGCCGCUUCGGCCUGUCGACGUUCCACCAGAUGCACUGUCUCCAGAUGAUCCGCGGCGCGCUCACGAGCGAGAACAUCGGGCGUCAUACCACUCAUUGCUUGACUUACCUACGCUUGAUGAUAUUGUGUAGAGCGGAUUUGCAGCUGGAACCUGCGAGCGACACGGGGGACUGGACGGACGUAGAGUGGGUUAGGGAACGCGAAUGUAAGGACUGGGGACAGUUGUAUGAGUGGAUAGGCGGUAAUUACGAUGAGUAUGUGGCAUCGCAGAAGGCGUGA